GAGAAUAUCAUUAUUAAUGAUAAUUAAUAGCUAAUCAUUCUCAUUAAACUUUUUUUUUUAAACUCGGAUAUGUCCUGAUUAGCCGUCCAACAGAGUGGACCGACAAGCUCAGGGAGAAGUUUCUGGAAGGACUUGAUGCUUUCUUGGAGCUGCUCAAGUGCAUGCAGUGUGUUUAUGUGUGUUUGUCUAAGCAAUGUUAACUUGCAGUUAUAGAUGUAAUAAUCAUGUGGGGUGCAAUAUAGCCAUGUUCUUUAAUAUCAGUAGUAUAAUGUGUGUUGGGGAUUUGUGAUUUCUGCAGGGUAUGGACCCAGUAGUACGCGACGUGGACCAAGACAUAGAGAUGGAACCAUUGUGGGUGACAGCCUUCACAUUGCAGAUGAAGCUCACACACAUUCUCAGUGAUGCAAGAGUGGUGUGCCAGUGAUGAGUGGGUGCUAAUUGAAGCCUAUAAGAAGUGCCUAACAGUUCUGACUCACUGCCACAGCGGUUUUACUGAUGGAGAACAACCCAUCACUCUUAGUAUGUGUGGACACUCAGUGGACACCAUCCACUACUGUGUCUCACAACAGAAAGUCAGCAUUCACCUACCGGUGUCUAGAUUGCCUGCAGGACUUCAUGCUCUCCUUAGCAAGACAGAAGUGACUUGCAGUUUACAGUGUGUACUGAGCCCCCCGAUGGUGAUUGAGCACCCACUUUGCUGCCUGGUUCUCUGUGCACAGGUGCAUGCUGGGAUGUGGACGAGAAAUGAAACAUUAUCCAAUCAGGUAUGCUGUAACAAAUGAAAUAUUUUUAAAUGUGUUUGUAUUGUUUAGCACUAUAAAAUGCAAAACUAUAAACAACCCCCCCCCUUUUUUAAAUUAAUAUAUAUAUAUAUAUAUAUAUAUAUAUAAGAUAACGUAUAACAUACGUUAACGUUGAUCUUAGAUUUUUUAUACAGUGUUUUAAUCAUGUUAAUAAACUUCUCCGGAAGCCGUAAUGGUCCAUCACACACCAUAAAUAUUCUCGCGAUAUUAGAUCGAAUGCUUUUUUUUUGGUCCAAGCCCACAAUAAAGAAAUUUUUAUCCAUAAGUUCUCUUGCUGUUCCCAAAUUAUCCCACAUGUAGCUGCCUUUAAUCGCACACAUCUGCUCGAUCUCUAUUAUUUUAUUUAGCGUGUCAUUCAUCUGGUUUACGAUUAUUUUAGUGAUGAUUUUAUAGUCAAAAUUCAUUAAACUUCGGGUGAAGUCAGCUAAAAUGGGCCAUCGUGUAAAAUGGGCCAGAUAAGGUUGGAGCCUCAUAGCCUUUUAAGUUUUUACAGCCAAUCACAAUAACGGAUCUUACAUUGUUUCAACAACACUAUUUGACAAUAGUUUUGAUUGGUCUAAGGUUCUUAAAGUGGGCGGGGCAGAGUGUUAUAUGAAGCAUGUCAGAGAAAUUGUAUGGUAAGUGAUCAUGGCAUAGUAAAUUUCAUUCAUCAUUAAUAAGGGUGAUAAAGCAAUUAUAAGUACGCUUACCAAUGAAGCAAAAGCUCUAUGAACAAUGUUUUGACAGACUCUGUCAAAUACAAUGUUUAAAUUUAAAAAGAAACUUUGAUUUUUGUGAAAAGUCAUUUUAGGUAGUGGCCCAUUUUAGCUUAACCAGCUAGGUAAAAUGGGCCAGAGUUUUCAGCUAAAAUGGGCCGCAUACACACACACUCUUACACAGAAAUUAUACAGAAAUUGAGGGUGAAAAAUGGUUCAUAGGCCUAGAUAUACAUCAGUACAAAAUCUUUCUAAAUAUUGUGCAUUUCAGACAGUAUGGCAGGAGGACAGGCAAAGAAAGGAAAAAGAGAGAGAAGAAGAGAGAAGAGAAAGGGAAAGGAAGAUGUCAGUACAACCAGUGGAGAGAGGACAGAAUGAGGCGGGCCAUUAAUGAAUACCAGGAGAUAGUUGAGAGAGGACAAACAGUAAAUGUUCACUCUUUAGCAAGGGCUUGGAACAUUCCAAAGAUGACUUUGCAUAGGCGCAUUAGUGGCAAAGUGGCUUUGGCUCUGCAUCUGGGAGAAACAGUACCUGCCAGUGGACUCUGAGAAAGAACUGGCCAGUCUUAUCAAACUCCUCUCUAAAAGAGGCUUUCCCCCUUACCAAAAGAGAUGUCCAGGGAAUUGCAUUUAAUUACGCAAAGACCAGUAAUAUCAAAGGCUUCUCUGAAGUAAAAGGCACGGCUGGGUAUUACUGGUUUUGAAAUUUUUAAAACAGAAUCCAGACCUCAGCAUCAGGACACCAGAGGCCCUUUCAGCAGCAAGAGCAGCAGGGCUGAACCCUGGUGUGGUAGGAAAGUGGUUUCCACAGUAUGAAGACCUGCUGGAGGAACUUGCAAUCAGAGACGUUCCAUCACAUCUUUGGAAUUGUGAUGUAUUUGUCCUGCAAGACCAGUUUUCCUCUACCCGUGUGGUUGGGGAGGUGGGUAAACCCUGUGUUGAGGUUACUGCUGGGGAGAAACGAGAGACCACAACAGUCCUUCAGCAUUCAAUGCAGCGGGAACAUUUAGGGUGUGCUGCUGUCAGUGCAACUCAUUGUACCACGAGAGCUGUGGAGAAGAUGUGCUUUCUAUUAAAUUAAAUAUAUUUACGGUGUUGCUGCUAUGGCACACUCAACACAAUAGUGUCAAUUUACUGUUAAAAUGUGUAGUUAUCUUUUUAUAUUGGCCCAUUUUAACUGAACAGCUGGCCCAAUUUGCCUGAACAUUGUGUUGUGGCUCAAGAGGAUACAU